UCUCCUUUGUUUUCUUCUCUCUUUGCAUGGUGUUUCCCUUUUGAAACACGUUAUACUGAUAUUAUCAACAAAGCUAAUACUGUACCUUCUUUUUUUAAUCACGAAUUUUUGGAAAAAAAAAACCUCGUUGAUCUUCUCUGCACAGAUCACUCUCUAAUUAGCUCCUUUACUUCCUAAGCUCUUAGCAUAAUCAAUUGAUAUCGAUGGCAAAGAACUCGGAGAGUAGCAGCAAGAACCAGGAGACGAAGAAAGAAAGCAGAGUGUGUGAGAAGAUUUUCGGAGCAAUGACGAGUCCUGUUCGAACUGUUCGCCGCCUCUCCACCAAACCUUCACCGAACCACCACCAAGCGGAGCCUGUCCGCGUCAAGUUCUCUGAGACGUCGACUCAGGCAGCCAAACCCAUUUCAAAGAUGGAGCCGCUGAUCACUCGAGUGGAGACGAAGCUGAAAACGGACGAGAGGUUCACUGAUUAUAUAAAGAAAGCCAAACUGAAGAUCAGGGCAGUGACGAAUCCGGGUGACAUGAUGAGGAACGAUGCGUCGAAGACAAGUGAAGCAGAGGCACGUGAUCAUCGUCGUCAGUGCCAUGUCCCUACCGCUAGUGUCUCGAGAGAGGGUAGCAGUGGAAGGUCAUCAGAUCAUUUCUCCGAGUACAUAAGGAAGGCGAAGAUGAAGCUCAGAUCUUCCACCAUCGCUCGUGCGAACCCAACUUGCAAGGAUUGAUGAAUUCCCACUAAAUUAUUAUAUGAAUAAUCCAGCUUACCCGAUGGCCUUCAUAUACUACUACUACACGUACCUUUUUAACACAAAGGAAAGAAAACCCUUUUCGACAGCAUCAGCUCCUCCGGUCAUUUGCCAACGGCUGUUUAGAUUUGUGGUGGCUGGGCUAGGGAUAUUGCGUGAGAAAGAGAGAUGAAAGGGAGUAAGAGGAACAAACUGAUCAAGAAGGGAUCAACGUUAUAUCACUAAUCAUUUCAAGCAACAACAAACGCAAGAACAAUCCCCCCUGGCUCAUCAAGACAGGAAUCAGAGAGAAAGAGCGAGAUCACACUAGAGGUUACAUGACAUGGGGAAGAAGAUGUGGAAUAUCUUAGCCUAGAACCAAAUAUAUUACCCAAUUCUAUUUUUAUUUUUCUUUCAAUAUACCAGCUUCAUCACUCUUGAUAAGAAAAUGUAUAUGUACUGGCACUUGUAUAUUUCAGAAGAAAAAAGAAGUUCAUCUCAGAA